CAUGUGGGGGGGGGGGGUUGGUUGAUUCUCGAUUUUGACAACAUUAAAAAAAGAUAUUGUGAUUUUUGUCCCCGUGGAUGUUUGUGGCUUGUCGUGUGGACACAAUGAGGCAGUGUGUCCUCGCCGGAGACAAUGCAGCAAGAUGCUCCUUGGACGACGUUUCUCCCGCCAUCACGCCGCUGGCCGCCACUACGUGAUGCAGACAGAGCAACGUAAAGCCUCCAUAAGAGAAGCCCCACACGGAUCCUCUAGAAUUUGAGUUGCCACGCCAGGACCCGAAAAAUGAAGAUCAAAUAUGCCAUCGUCUUCAUCUUCAUCGUGGCUCUGGUCAUCAUCGAAAAGGAAAGCAACAUCAUAUCAAGCUGGUUUCUCACCAGGGUUUCUGUUAUGAUGCAGAGGCAAACACCCCCGCAGACGCUGCAAUCUCCACUGGAUUAUGGCAACAAAACACAAAAUAGUCCUGGCGCCUUCUCCGAGGUCAACGCUACAACAGAGGCUAACUCCAAUCAAACAGAGGACCAGCAUGACCAAGAACUCAGAAACCUGGAUGGCGGUCGUAAGCACGUCUUACUCAUGGCCACCACGAGAUCGGGUUCUUCGUUUGUGGGUGAAUUCUUCAACCAGCACGGACAGAACAUGUUCUACCUCUUUGAGCCGUUGUGGCACGUAGAACGCAUGCUGACCACGACGGCAGACGCUAACUACGGGAGCCAGUUGCCGGGAAUCUACCGUGAUGUACUCCGGGGCCUCUUCCUGUGUGAUUACACUCCCCUGGAGAAGUGCAUCUCGCCGCCUCCCCAGAACCAUGUGACCCCUUCGCUGUUCCGUCGAGAGUCCAGUUCAUCGCUGUGCGAGGAAAAUGUCUGCUCUCCCGUCGCCAAGGACGUUUUUGAGAGGUAUGCCUGCAAAAAUCGGCGCUGCGGUCCGCUCAACUUGACCCUCGCUUCACAGUCCUGCCUUACCAAACAACACCACGCCAUCAAGACCGUCCGUGUCCACCAGUGGGAAACCCUGCGGCCUUUGGUGGAGGACCCCCGCCUGAACAUGAAAAUAAUUCAGCUAGUCCGCGAUCCACGUGCCGUAUUGGCGUCACGCAUGGUGGCUUUCUCCUCAACUCACCAAACAUGGAAGGCGCUGGUGCAGACCGGCCAGGUGCCUGAGAACAACGUUGAAGUGAAGAGCCUCCAGGGCAACUGUGACAACAUCAGAUGGGCCGCCGAGUUGGGGCUGAGCCAACCUCACUGGUUGAGGAGACGCUACAUGUUGGUACGGUACGAGGACAUCGCUCGUUACCCCAUGCAGAAAGCCGAGGAGAUGUACAGGUUCACUGGGAUCCCCUUUAGUCCCCAAACCCGGGAGUGGAUUCUGAGGAACACCCAGGCCAGGGAGGGAGACAGCGGGAUCUACUCCACCCAGAAGAACUCAUCGGAGCAGGCAGAGAAAUGGAGAUUCAGCAUUCCUUUCACACUGGCUCAGAUGGUGCAGCAACUUUGUGGACCCACCAUGAAGCUGUUUGGCUACAAGUUUGUAGACGAUGCAAAGACACUCCGCAAUAAGUCCAUCAGUUUGGUGGAGGACCAGAUGUUUCUCUAAAAUGGGAUGGUGUGUGUGACUGUAUGAAUUUGAGCCAUGACAAGCAUUUCUUGCACAGACCAAAAUGUAUUUGCCACAUUUUGCCUACAAGGUGCCUCCUGGGAAGAUGGAAUGCUUCAAUCACGUAUUUAUUUGUGUACUACGGCCUCCGAGAAGCCUGAUUUACUCCUCAGCUUCAUGCUUUUGAACGAAAAAUGUCUGAAGAGAUUUUACUGACAGCUUAUUAUAUUUCGGUUUUGCGGAUGACUCCUGUUAUUGUGUGCGUUUGUUUGUCGUGUGUGUUUGUGUGUACUGCACGUCAGUAUUUAUGGGAAGGCUGGGAUCGCCCCAGAAAACAAACGUGCUCGAACUCAUGUAGCGAUGUCACAGAAGUAUUCCACCAAAUGCCAUUCAGUGGAACGCUGGUGUGAUCCUGCACACACAGGAAGUACAGUAGGACGUAUCAUCUUCAUGAAGAUAUAGAACAGAGGGAUUUGAAUGUCGGAAGUAAGUCGGAAUCCAAAGUUAUUUUGAGAGUUUCUAGAGCCUUGUUGGCUUCACGGUGCUCAAACAAUCGCUUUUGAAGUUCUGUGAAAAAACACUUUCUUCAUGAACAUGAAAACCUCUGAUCCGCCCCAACUGCAUGAGCAGAUGGGACAGCUUUGUAAAAUAAACAAAGGCUUUGCUACACAUCUUAAAAGAGACAUGCAGCUUUGAAACCAAAACAUGUCCAAGAAAGAUAUAACAUAUAAUGAAGUAUUUUUCCCCAAUUACAAAUGAAACUGAUUAAAAAUGUCCAUUCAGCCCAAAUAAAACCGCUGGCGUUCGUGGCUGUCGGUCGCCACUGUUGGUGUUCACGUACACGCAGUUAGCACCCGGGGGCCCAAAGUUUGUUUUGUUUUCUUUCUUGUUGGGGCUGUCUGUCAGUCUGGUGCAGUUGCACGGGGGUGUUUGUGGAGUGUAGUGUAGCCAGCAUGAUCUUAUACGCGUUGGAGAACGCCAUGUCUGUUCCAGGAACGUGAGGCUCUGAGGGGAGUUGGACCAGCAGUAAUACCAGUUUGGGAUCAGACGUCAACACCUGCCACAGACACAUAGAGGAUGGCUCCUGAAAGGGGGUCCCACCAGACCUACAAUAGGAUUUUAGUGAGGGCCCUGGGCCUCCUUUUGACUUUCCAGAUGUGGACAAUGUUUGAAAGAUGCUAGAUUGGUUGGCGCCGUGAUUCCAUAGAUGUGACAGUCAUUAGCUUGACCAGGUAAGGAAAGAGCCCAACCUGGUUGACGUAAUGAUUUGCAAACCCUGUGUGACUGCUGGCCCAUCUCCCGCGGGAGGUGCUUGCGAUCUCACCUGGCCUUGUCACAUGGAGGCCCACCUGUUAUGAUGCUUGCUGCUUGGAAUAAAGUUCUCCUUUUUCAACUGCUUUGACUCAUCG